AUGGCUGGAUACUUUUUUGGAAAUGUUCAGAAUAACUUGAACAGGGCAAGGCAUAGUUUAGCAAACACUCUUAGCGACGUGAGGUUAGAUGAGAGUUAUCUUAAAACUAUUCGAAUGAACAUAAAGAAACGAUUUGAUAAAUUAAUGAAUAAAAUAAUACCUUUUGAAACUAUUGAUGAAAAUAAAAGAUUUGUUGUUAUUAUUGAAAAAAAAAAGAAUUAUGAAAAUUUCCGAUGUCCUAUAUGUAUGUUAAUAUUAUUUAAACCAGUAAAAACAAAAUGUGGUCAUAUUUUUUGUCGAGAAUGUAUAGAGAAAGUUCUGCUUAAAUUUGAUUAUUGUCCUUUAUGUAGAAAUUUUAUAAAAGAUAAAAAAUUAGAGAACGUAGAAAACAGUACUCUAGGUUUGGAAUAUGAAAAUAUAAAAAUUCGAUGUUAUAAAUGUAAAGAAAUAACAAAUAUAAAAAAUUAUGAGAAACAUAUAAUAAAUCAUAUAAUGAAUAUAAAUAAAAGUUUUGAUAAAAUAAAAAAUUAUUCAAGUGAAGAAGGAGAUAAUUAUAAUUUUCUUAGUAUACAAAAAAAAAAAAAAAAUUCUAAUUAUAUUUAUUCUAUUUCAAAUAAUUAUAUACAUAAUAUAUAUCAUCAUAUUAAUCCAUAUAAUUUCGAUUCAUACUUUAAUAAAAAAUUUCAAAUUAUUUAUAUGAAAGAAUUUCUUAAUUUAUUAAAAGAACAUAAUAUAAAUACACAUAUAGAUAAUUUUUAUCUUUUAUAUGGUCAAAAUGUUUUAUAUGAUUUUAAACACAUAAAUGUACAAGUACAAGAUAUUAUGUGUGACGUUUUCCUCAUCAUAAAAAUUAGAAAAAAAAGAAAAAAUUAUCAUCAAAAUGAUCUUAAUCUUUUAUAUUUGAACAAUUCAAAAUAUAAAUCAAAACAAAUAAAUAAUAUAAUUACAUCGAAGGAUGAUAUACAUAUGAAUGUACAUAGGGAUAUACAUAUGAAUAUAAAUAGGAAUAUACAUAUGAAUGGUGGGUUUAUUUCAAGUGAAGAACAAAAACAAAAAGAUAUAAAACAAAAUAACUUUAUAACAAAUGAUCCGAAGAAACACAAAUCUAUUCUUUUUAGUUCGUAUAAAAAAAAAUUAUAUACCAAUGAUACAUUUGAAAUGUAUCAGAAAAAAUUAUUAAUACAUAAUAAAAAAACACCUAAUAAAUAUAUAUAUAUAUUAUUUGAAUAUAAUACGAAAAAUAUAUUUUUUACACUUCUACAAAACAUACCAGUAUUUAAAAACAUGAAUAUUAUAAAAUUAGUGAAGUAUAAAAAUAAAAAUAUGAAUUCUAUAGGACACACAACAAAUAUGAGUGAACAAUUAAUUACACUCUUUUCUAUUUUAAAUGAAAAACGAAUAUUAAGAACUUAUCAUAAAUAUUUCUAUAAUUCUAUUCAUUUAUUUCAUGAACUUAUAUAUUCUCUCCUUUUUUCAAAACAACAAAAAGAAAAAAAUGAAAACAUAGAAAAUAUAGAUGUUGCAUAUAUGCAAGAUAUAUACGAAAUGGAACGUUCUUAUGAAAUGGAAGAAAAACAAUUAAACCAUAUAAAUUAUCCUAUUUCUCAAAAAUGUGAUCACUAUGAAAAUAAUCAAAAUGGUCAGAAUGAACAAAAUAAUCAAAAUGGUCAGAAUGAACAAAAUGGUCAGAAUGAUCAAAAUGAACAAAAUGGUCAGAAUGAUCAAAAUGAUCAAAAUGAACAAAAUGGUCAAAAUGAUCAGAAUGAACAGCCAUCUCAACAUUAUAAUGAUCAGAAUGAAGAACCAUCUCAACAUUAUAAUGAUAACUAUUACAAUUUUAUAGAAAAGAAUGAACACAAUUUUAAAAACAUAUUCCUUAAAGAUUAUGAACUUAUGUUCAUUUUAUUUUAUUUGAAAUAUGAAUAUAGACUUCCACUCAAAUGCGAAUAUCUCUAUUUAUAUUCAGAAAAUUUCAUUGCAAAAAUUUUAAGAGAUCAAGAAAGAGAACAAGAAAUUUUUAUAUCGAAUGUGUAUAGUUAUCAUAAUUUAGACAUAUUACAAAAUAAAAUAAAUGGAGAAAAUAUAUUACCUUUAAGUAAUAAUGAAUUUGUAAAAAAGGAUAAAGGUAUAAUUAUUAUAUUAAAAAUACAAAGAGGAAAAUUAAAAAAUGAAUAUAAAAGUGACAUUAAUGUUAUAGACAACAAAAAUAAUUGUAAUGAUAUAUUAAAUAAUAAUCAAUAUAUUAAUCCGACUGAAGAAAAUAUUAACAAUUCUGAGGAUACUAAUAAAAAAGAUUUUUAUAAAAAAUAUGUUCAGAAAAAAAGCAAUAAAACAAAUACACAUACAAAAAAUAUAAAUCAAUAUUAUGAUAUCCAUAAUGUAUGUUAUGUUAUUAUAUCUUAUUCAUCAAAAGGAUUUCAAUGGUAUCUUAAUAAUUCUUUAAACUUUUUAAAUAAAAAACAAAUCGAAUAUAAAAGUCAAGACGUAUUUUUUCUUAUAGAUAAAUUAAUUCUUUUCUUUUUUAAUAUCAGAAAUAAAAAGUAUAGUUCUCUCUUCUGGAACUCUACUCAUCUUUUUCAGUGCAUGCUCAACUUUUGUUGUGAAUAA